AGGGAUUGAGAGACGGCCUCUUAGCCCCUCUUACACAAAAGGCCGCGAGGUUUCAGAUUGAGCUCCGCGAAGACGAGAAAUCUCGCGAUAAACGCGUUUGCGGCUUAACUUGUGGAGGGGCGGUUAGGCUCCGGGGGUCGGUCCUGGCUAAGUAGUGUGUUCUGUUUUCGUGUAUUUCCUCGGCCUUCACGCUGGAGGGCUAGUUUUUUUCUUUGUGCAUCAUCUUCUGCCAGAGAAAUGGUCGUUUUCCCUUAGUCUAGACACGGUGAGGAGAUCUGAGGAGAAGAAUCUUUGGGUCCUGGAUUUUGACGCGGCCUGGGAGGGGCCUCAAUUUUAAGUCUUGCUGCAACCACCCCCUUAUGCCUAGGAGUGAAUAUUUCUCAAGAGAGGACCUGUGUGUGGUACCUGGGGUUCUACAGCAAGUUAGUCAUGCCCUUACACUAGUGCCAAACUUGCUCCAGAAAGCUACCUCGGGGACGCCUGGGCCAGGUAUUGCUCCGGAGGAUGUUCUCGGCGUUAAUUUUUGUAAGCGAAGUUGUCUGUGUGUCUAGCAUGACUUGUAAAGUUCGAUGAUGACGAAAAUGACACUUUGCAUUUUUUUGACGAGAGGAAAUAUGCAUGUGUAGAGUGAACUUUAAGUAGCAGUAGUAAAAGUCAGUUUUCAAGCAUUGGAAGACUUAUAAAGGAACAUUGUGCAACAUGGAAUCUCUACCAGAAGAAUUUUUUGUGAGUAAGGAUUCUACUGUGGAAGAACAGACUGAAGAGGAAACUGAGAAUAAGAUAGAAAAAUCAACCAGUCAACUGGACAAACAGAAAAAAGACAUACCUACUGACCUUGUUCCAGUUAACCUGCUAUUAGAAGUUAAGAAGUUAUUAAAUGCAAUUAAUACUCUACCAAAAGGUGUGAUUCCUCACAUUAAGAAGUUCUUACAAGAAGAUUUUUCUUUCCAGACCAUGCAGAGAGAAGUUGCAGCAAAUAGCCAGAAUGGGGAGGAAAUUGUUCCUGCUUUAACUUUACGUUUUUUGAUAACACAAUUGGAAACAGCACUUAGGAACAUUCAAGCUACUAAUUAUACUGCAUACCAAAUUAAUAUUGGUUAUUAUUUGACAUUACUGUUUUUAUAUGGAGUAGCACUCACUGAAAGAGGAAAGAAAGAGGAUUAUACAGAAGCUGAGAAUAAAUUUCUGGUGAUGAAGAUGAUAAUUCAAGAAAAUGAAAUUUGUGAAAACUUUAUGUGUUUAGUUUAUUUUGGACGUGGUUUACUUCGAUGUGCACAGAAGAGAUAUAAUGGAGGACUGCUAGAAUUUCAUAAAAGCUUACAAGAAAUAGGAGAUACAAGUGAUCAUUGGUUUGACAUAGAUCCUACAGAAGAUGGAGAUUUACCUACAACUUUUAAAGAUCUUCUCAAUAAUUUUAUCAAGACAACUGAAAGUAAUAUAAUGAAACAGACCAUUUGUAGUUAUCUAGAUUGUGAACGAUCUUGUGAAGCUGACAUUUUAAAGAACACCAAUUACAAGGGAUUUUUUCAGUUAAUGUGCAGUAAAAGUUGCUGUGUUUAUUUCCAUAAAAUUUGUUGGAAAAAGUUCAAGAAUUUAAAAUAUCCAGGUGAACAUGAUCAGAGUUUUAGUGGGAAAAAAUGUUUGAAGGAAGGAUGUACAGGUGACAUGGUAAGAAUGCUACAAUGUGAUGUACCUGGCAUUGUUAAAAUUUUGUUUGAAGUUGUGAGAAAGGAUGAAUAUAUAACCAUUGAGAAUUUAGGAGCAAGUUAUAAGAAGUUGAUGUCUCUGAAAAUAACUGAUACUGAUAUAAGACCGAAGAUCAGUUUAAAAUUUAAUACAAAAGAUGAAAUGCCUAUCUUCAAACUUGAUUAUAAUUAUUUCUAUCAUCUGCUUCAUAUAAUUAUUAUUUCUGGUACUGACAUUGUCCGGCAAAUAUUUGAUGAGGCUAUGCCACCCCCUCUUUUGAAAAAAGAGCUGCUUAUACACAAGAAUGUGCUGGAAUCCUACUACAACCAUCUUUGGACCAAUCACCCAUUGGGUGGAUCAUGGCAUCUUCUCUAUCCUCCAAACAAGGAGCUACCACAGUCCAAACAGUUUGACUUAUGCCUCCUAUUAGCUCUCAUAAAACAUUUGAAUGUAUUCCCUGCACCAAAAAAAGGCUGGAAUAUGGAACCACCAUCAUCUGAUCUCUCUAAGUCUGCAGACAUCCUGAGGCUGUGCAAAUACAGGGAUAUCCUCCUUAGUGAGAUUUUGAUGAAUGGUCUCACUGAGUCACAAUUCAGUUCAAUUUGGAAAAAAGUUUCAGAUAUUCUUCUGCGCCUUGGGAUGAAGCAAGAGGAUAUUGACAAAGUGAAGGAAAAUCCCAUUGAGAAUAUCUCCCUUGAUUACCAUCAGCUAUCCAUCUAUCUAGGCAUACCAGUACCAGAAAUCAUCCAGAGGAUGUUAUCCUGCUAUCAACAAGGAAUUGCUCUGCAGUCAAUAACUGGCAGUCAACGUAUUGAAAUAGAAGAGUUGCAGAAUGAAGAGGAAGAACUAAGUCCACCAUUCAUGGAAUACAAUAUAAAUGUGAAAUCAAACCCUGAAAUACAGUUAGCAGAAAUGAGUAAAGAUGGAGCCUCAAUACCCAGUGAAUCUUCAACAGAAUCUAUUAAAGAUCUCCAGGAAGUUAAGAGUAAACCAAAGAAAAAGAAAAAAACUAAGAAUAAAAAGAAUAAGGACUCAAAAGAAGAGCAAGUCUCAUAUAUGGUAGAGAAGGAAGAACAGUUGAAGAAAGAACAAACAAAUCCACAACUCAUUGGUAGAUUUAUGAAAGAUGAUGCAAGUGACAUUCAAGAGGAUUCUGCAUCUGAAGACAAGUUUUACAGCCUGGAUGAAUUGCAUAUUCUAGACAUGAUAGAGCAGGGUUCAACUGGCAAGGUAACUACAGACUAUGGAGAAACUGAAAAGGAAAGGCUUGCCCGUCAACGGCAGCUUUAUAAGUUGCACUAUCAAUGUGAAGAUUUCAAAAGACAGUUGAAAACAGUGACAUUUAGAUGGCAAGAAAAUCAAAUGCAAAUUAAAAAGAAAGACAAAAUAAUUGCAUCUCUUAACCAACAAGUGGCUUUUGGAAUCAAUAAAGUCUCCAAAUUACAACGUCAAAUCCAUGCUAAAGAUAAUGAAAUCAAGAACCUUAAAGAGCAACUUUCCAUGAAAAGAUCCCAGUGGGAAAUGGAGAAGCUUAAUCUGGAAAGCACAAUUAAAACAUACUUAAGCAAGGUGAAUGCAGAAACUAGCAGAGCCUUAACAGCUGAGGUGUAUUUCUUGCAGUGUCGUAGAGAUUUUGGUUUGCUUCAUCUGGAGCAGACUGAAAAGGAGUGUCUCAAUCAGCUUGCCAGAGUGACUCACAUGGCUGCAAGCAACCUAGAAUCACUUCAAUUAAAGGCUGCAGUAGAUAGUUGGAAUGCCAUUGUGACGGAUGUUAGAAACAAGAUUGCAUUUCUCAGGACACAGUACAAUGAGCAAAUUAGUAAGGUGAAGCAAGGGUUUGCCUUGAGUUCCUUGCCUCCAGUUCAGCUUCCUCCACCACCACCCAGUCCUGAAAUAUUGAUGCAGCAGUUCUUGGGAAGACCCCUUGUGAAAGAAUCAUUCUUCAGACCCAUACUUACUGUUCCUCAAAUGCCACCAGUUUGCUCUGGUGUCAUCUCUACAGCAGGCCAACCUAGAACCCCCCUGAUGACUGGCAUAGCCUGGACUAUGCCAGCUCCUGUGGGAGAGACUGUGCCUCCUGGUACAGGUCUGGGAAAUGAUCCUUCCCUGAUGAAUUUGGAGAGGAUUACAGACAGGCUGAAAACUGCUUUCCCACAACAAACCAGAAAGGAACUUACAGAUUUCUUACGAAAAUUGAAGGAUUCUCAUGGGAAGACCUUAUCUGGGCUGACAUUUGAUGAAAUUGUUUACAAAAUUUCCCAAUUUAUUGAUCCCAAGAAAUCACAGAGUCAAGGAAAAUCAGUACCAAAUGGCAAUUGUGCUUCACCCAGUCAUACCUCAUCACAGUCUAGUGCUCCCCAGACCCCCAAACCAGCUUGGAAACCCCUCAGUUCACAAAGUUCUGCCACAUGGGAAGGAGCAAAUAAUUUGGAUAAUGAGGAGGAAGAAGAGGAACCUUGUGUAAUCUGUCAUGAGAAUCUUUCUCCAGAAAACCUUUCAGUUUUGCCUUGUGCUCACAAAUUCCACUCUCAGUGCAUUAGACCAUGGUUGAUGCAACAGGGGACAUGCCCAACCUGUAGACUCCAUGUUUUAUUACCAGAGGAAUUUCCUGGUCACCCCAGCCGACAGUUGCCCAAGGUGUGAUAUAAGGCAGGUGACUGCAAAGGAGGCUAAGUUUUCAUACUCCAGAAUUUAGUUCUGCCUUUUAUUAUGAACUGAUUGUGUGAGUAGUGUGAAGCAGUGCUCUCCUAUUAUGCUAAAGAAGCAAGCUGAUCUCAUUGAAGAGGCAGCCAGAGAAAUCAAGACAAAUCUUCAAGACUUGUGAACUGAACUAAAGAGGUUUAAAGAAGAUGAGUUUUGUUAAAUUAUAUUUGCUCUUAUCUUCGUAAGUGUUUUUUUUUCCUGUAAACACGAUAGCUAUAUUGCUGAAUUUCUUAAGAUUUCUUGUCUUUCUUCCUUCUUAUUCUACUCAUUCUUUACUUUCUGACAAGUACACUACCUUAUAAUUUCCUGAAAAAAGUUUAGGAGAAAAAGUAGAAUAGUGAAGAAGAAAAGUAGAAAAAUCCCAUGGAUUUUAGUGUUCCUCUUAACUUUUAAAUAUUAGCUAUAAAAGUUUAAUUGGAUUAUUUAAAUUGUAUUUCUCUUUCCUAUUGUUUUCUGUCCUCUAAAAUAUGUACCCAUGAAGAGAGUGUGAGCUACAGCUCACACUCUCUUCAUGGGUACAUAUUUUAGAGGUAUAUUGGAGCUGGUUUGUAAUGGCUUAUGAGGGAUAAUAGUUAAAGUUUCAGAAAUUUUGCAAACUAGGUGUCAAAUGGUGGAAGGAAAGCUGCCGUGGUGGCAGUAUUUAUACAGAAGAAAUUGGUAAAUACUGUAAGUAAUGACUUGUCUUUCCUUCAUGAGCUGGUUCUUAAACAUUUGCCAGAACACCACAAGACAUUUGUGUUCCCAAUGUCUUACAUAAUAGGUGCAGAACAAAUAUUCUGAGAAAUCAGGACAUGGUAAAAGAGGGAAGGAGUACUAAUAUACAAAUUAGUUCACUUGCCAAAUUGAAUGAUUGAGAUUUUAUGUUCAUUUGUAUACAUGCUCUUUGGACCUUAAUAAUUUGCAUUUUGAAGGGAUUUAUUUUCUCUUUAGAAAGUCUUAAUUUUCUUCUUCUGGUUAAGAGGGAAUACUGUUUAUAUGUUGUUGCUUCUUGUGACAAAGUUGAUGCCCACUGGGCUGAAUUGCAUAUAUAAAACUUGUCACUGAGAAUUUUAAUUCUUAGCAGUCAAAAAACUAUUUUGAAAAUAGUAUUGUGUAAAUGCUGAGUUGUAUAUGUCUCUAGUUGCAAAAUUAAAGUAAUUUAGAGUUACUUUUUGAUUCAUAUGUUCCUUGGCUCACAUUCACAGUCUCAACUUCAUUAAUUUAUGGAAAAGAAUAAAUGUUUUCUAACUCAUCAACUUUUUGAACUAUAUAUUUCAGUUUAGAUAUUUUGAAGUUACUUUAAAAUCUCUAUUUAAAAUAUCUAUUUCUGUAAUUGAAUGCUAAAUGGUUAUUUUUCUGUAAUGAGAAAAUGUGAGGGAAAAUAUUCAAAAAAGGUAGCAGUCAUCAUACAUAAAAUGCCAAGAAUGUAUUCGAAUUACACAAGGCCUUUAAAUUAAUCUAGCACUUCAAAGUCAUGGUCAUGUAACAAGUUACUUUGUAAAAUUUAGUUUAUGUUUACAAUGUAAUUCCAUUUUCAUGUAGUAAAUAAUAAAUGUUUCUUAAGCAACUA